AUGGCCUCUCUCCUUUCCAACAGCUUGACUCGCCUAAGCGCGUCGGGAAAGCUAUGCACGGCAAUGGGCAUUCGCCUUGUGGCAAAUACACAAAUUGUCCAUUUGGCGGCAAACGGAGGGUUUGAUGCUCUUUUCAUUGAUCUCGAACAUUCGACAUUAUCCAUUCAUGAUGCCAGUCAGCACUGUAUCGUUGGUCUUCAGUUGGGUAUGACGCCCUUUGUCAGAGUACCUUAUCAGUGCGGCAAUGGCUUUGUUCAAAAGGUUCUCGAUGGAGGAGCCAUGGGAGUUGUAUUUCCUCACAUUCACGGCCGCGUUGAUGCCAUGGCUGCUGUCUCGAUCUGCAAAUAUCCGCCGCAAGGAAAGAGGUCCAUCACUGGCCAACUGCCCGUAUUCUCAUUAAAGGCUGUGCCACAGAGCACCAUAAUCUCAGAGACGAACGCCAACGGCUCAACUGUAUUCCUGAUGAUCGAGACGAAGGAGAGUAUUGAGAACAUCGACGAGAUCGCUUCUGUUGAAGGCGCCGACGUUCUCCUCGUCGGGUCGAAUGACCUCGCUAUCGAGUUAGGCGCGCCGAGCCAAUUUAAGAGUCCAGUUUUUCGGGAAGCUAUGGAGAUCGUAAGCCGGGCAUGCAAAAAACACGGCAAGAUCAUGGGCUUGGCUGGUAUCUACAACAACCAUGAGCUGCAUGACUGGGCGAUUAAUGAACUAGGCGUCCGCUUUCUCCUUGGAGGACAAGACUCUGCGAUACUAGCCCGGGGAGCUGCAGAAACAAUGGCGGAGAUCGCGAAAGUGCAGAAGUAA